CUAAGUAAACAAGAAAUGACAGCGUUGGGAGGACGGGGAGAAAAUAUCGGGCUCACUGUCAUGGCAAUUCUCGCGGUGCUAUCAUGCAGGAUUAGCAAUUGAGUUGGGUUCCAGAUGAAGAGAGAAUGAACCCAUACCAGUACCGGGCACCUCCAGUAGGCAUCGAACUUGUUCCACGACCCUUAAAGAUGAGGCUCAUAGUUCGAGCUUUAAGCGUUAACUCAGGAUCACAUGGGAGACAUGGAACCCUCAGUCAAUUACUUGGUGUUACUACAGGAAUAGUUUUAGGUGUUGUACUUACAGCAGCUAUCAGACACUUAAUGCUCAAACCUCAUAUGUGCUUAGCUUUAAAAAAUUUGCCUAUGUAUGAUGAUAAAAAUGAUGCUUUAAGAAUAAUAGGUCUUGAUAUUAGUCAAAAUGCUCAAAAUAGUGCUAAAAAUCUACUUUUUGUUGGUGUUAUGACUGCAAACAAGUACCUGGAUACUCGUGCUAAAGCUGUAUAUGAAACAUGGGGCAAACAGUUGCCAGGAAAAAUUGCAUUCUUUUCCUCAGAAGCAUCAUCUACAAAUGUUGAUAUUCCCCUAAUUAGAUUAAGAGAUGUCGAUGAUUCGUAUCCACCACAGAAAAAGUCAUUUAUGAUGAUCAAAUAUAUGGCAGAACAUUUUGCAGAACACUUUGAAUUUUUCAUGCGUGCAGACGAUGAUAUAUAUGUCCGACCUGACAGAUUAGAGCUCUUUUUGCGGUCUGUAAACAGCACCAAAUCUCAUUUCAUUGGGCAGGCUGGCAAAGGAAAUCAAGAAGAAUUAGGGCACCUUUCACUAAAAACGGAUGAAAACUUCUGCAUGGGAGGUCCAGGUGUUAUCUUGAGUCGUAGCACAUUGUUACAAGUUGCUCCUCAUGUUCGAGACUGCUUAAAAAAUCUACGGUCUACGCAUGAAGAUGUUGAAGUGGGACGAUGUGUGAGAAAAUAUGCAAAAGUCCCAUGUACGUGGUCAUAUGAGAUGCAGAGUAUUUUGUAUCACAAUAGCAGCGGCACGGAAGCCUUUACGGGUGCACUUAAACAACGCGAGGUUCACCGAGCCAUUACCCUGCACCCGAUUAAAAACCACACUCAUCUUUAUCGACUCCAUUCUUAUAUUCAGGGUUUAAACAUACGAUCGAGUGAGGCAGAGAUAGUACGUCUCAUCCGUGAACUGGCAAAAACCAGUGAAGAGGCAGGACUACCAAUGCCCUGUCUCAAUGAACCAGCCUCUGGAGUCUUCCUUGAUCAUUUGGGCACAGAUGCAAGUCUACAAAAGUGGAUGGCAGGCUCUGAAGAGGAAGUAUUGCAUUGGGACUUUGUGAGCAAGGCAGCUUACCAACCAGGCAAUGCCAAUCCACGACAUAAACCCACUUCUGGUAUGACUGAGGGAUUGGCUGAUGCAAUACGAGAUGUGAUGGAAAUUAUUAACAGAGUCUCUAAGGAGCGAGGACGUGUGAUUGACUUUAAAGAAGUGCUGUAUGGCUACAUUAGGUGGCACCCAACACUGGCUUUAGAGUACAUCCUAGACAUGUUACUCCUCUACAAAAAAUACAGAGGGAAAAAGAUGACUGUGCCAGUUCGUAGACAUGCUUAUUUACAGGUUCCUUUUGGCCCCUUGUAUAUUCGGGAAUUUGAAAGUGGAGGACUAGAAGAAGCAUUGGAGUCUACAUCUGGGAUCCAAGAGUUAGUGGAAGUGGUUGUAAAAGGCAGCAUUAAUGACCUGUCAAAACUCCAUUAUCAAGUGCCACCUGCACAGCCUCCAAGAACUUUGCUUAAGCCAAAGAAAAUUAAUUUAAUUUUACCUCUGGCAGGAAGGUUCAAAACAUUUCAACGCUUUAUGGAUGACUUCCGGCGAGUGUGUCUUGAAGGUGAAGAGAACGUUCGGCUGGUAGUAGUGUCCUUCCGUUCCUCACUGGGGGAAGAUGACACAACAGAGGAUGUUGAGGCCCUAAUCUCCAGCCUUCAACUGGAUUAUCCUCAAACUGUGAUGACUGUUUUACAGGUGAACCCUAAAUCUGUUGAACAGAUAUCUGAUGUUUCAGGGAUGCUGGCAUAUAUCAGCAUACUAAAAAGGCAAAUUUUACAGAUUUACUACCCCAUCGUGUUCAGUGAAUUUGACCCCAAAUUUACAAGAAAAGGCAGUAAUGAAGACAAUUAUGAUCAUAGUUUGAUUAACGAGGAUGUUGGGUAUUGGCGAGCUUUUGGAUUUGGUAUCGUGGCCAUGUACAAAUCUGAACUAGAGUUAGCAGGUGGUCUAGACACAUCCAUUCUUGGUUGGGGUGGUGAGGAUGUUGAUCUCUUUGAAAAGGUGCUUAGAAGAGGGAUCCAAAUUUUCCGGUCUGCUGACCCAGGUCUCGUCCACAUCUUUCAUCACGUUGACUGUGAUCGAAACCUGGAAUCUUCACAGUACCAGAUGUGCCUAGGCACACGCUACAGUACAUAUGGUGCUCCACAUUCCCUUGUUAAAACUAUUUUGAGAAAUCCAGAAAUAUUGGCGUAUAAAAGAGCCAAUCCUUAGUCGAUAUAUAUUAAUUUUCUGUCGAGAAAUAAUUAUUCCUUACAUGAACACAUGUUGGCUUUUAGGAUUGCGAUACUUGUAAUAUAGAUACAGUUGAAAGAAUUAUCAAUAUCGGGGCCUCAACCAUUAGAGUAAAAGAGGUAAAUUGCAAGAUUUUAUGAAUCUAAUUUAUGGUUAUACUGGUACAGUCUGUUUUUUCCUGGUUUCCUAUAGUUGGGUACUUAAGACUGUUAAGCUUGAAGUUUCCCUAAACCAGCUGCUGACCUUCAAGAUACAACCCACAACAGUUGCCUAAUUCCCAAGUACCAAUUUACUAUUAAGUGAAUAAAGGCAUCGGGUGGAAAGAAAUGGUGCUGAAAUAGUCAUGUUGUACGAUGGGUAUUGAAAAUGGGACCUUUUGACUGUAACCCAACUGCAGAACCGAACCCAUCAUUCCAGUAAGUGCUGGAAUGAGUAGAUCAUUGAGAAUUCCAACAUUUAGGAAUCGUACCGAAAGGAACACAAUGAGCCGGAAAAACUAUUUAGAACUAUGUUGCAAGGUAUUCAAAAUAUGCUAAAUAUCAGGAUGCCAAUACAAGAGCAAAACGACAUAAGAUGAGCGAUGUCAAAGGCUUUGGAUUUACCAAUGAUCCUCUUGAGGGACAAGUGACUCGAGGACAUUGAAGAAAGAAGACUUAUGAUCAUCCUGAAAACUAGGCCAUUCUACAAGGGAAAGAGAGAACUGUAAGUGGAACAAUGUAGUUCAGACAUAAGCUGUAGAACAUUGUUCCAUGAAGUGCUCAUGAGUUAAGCAUGUGUAGCUUGAUACACAGCCUAGUUAGAGCUAUUUUCCACUUUGUAUUAUAGUAUUUUGGGAAGGCGAUGGAGAUAGGCCACAUUUAAGAGUACAGUAUGCAGUUAUCAGAAAUACCCGAUCAUUAAUCAUGAUGUGGUUGUGGGUUGCAGUGUGAAUGACUGGGUAGAAAUCCAAAUAAGGAAUCCCUUUGUUGAAGAUGGGACAGGCAUGAAUAGCCUCCUUAGCAGUGUUGCCCAUCUGCAAAUUCAUUUGAGAGAGGACCAACAUGAGUGGGUACCUCACAAAAUGUAAGUGUCUUGAAUCUGCUAAGAUAAGGAAGAGCCAGCAUUGGAUAUUUACCAUUAGAGAUCUUAGAAUAUAAGAAUGAAGGUAACUGCAGAAGGCCUAUUGGCCCAUACGAGGCAGCUCUUAUUUUUAUCCACUCAAUCUCAUUCAUAUAUAUGUGUAACCUACGCUUGAAACAAUUAAGGGAUCCUAAUUGUAUUAUGUUACGCGGUAGGUUGUGAAUGUUACAAUAGUCAUGUGAAGGGUUAAAAAGACUAAGAGCCAUCAGGGUACUGUGAGUCAGGCACAAUAGCAGAGUAACAUUGGUGCAUAAAAAGCAGCUGGUAUAGAACAUACAGAAUUGCUUAAUGUACUGCUAUCAAAAUGCUAAUCUUCAGGAGAAGGUACAACAUGCAGUAUACAUAUGAUGAAGUAAAAUGAUUAAGCAGCCCAUAUCAUUGGCUGAAUUAGACCCAUCUGUGAGCAGAGUAGUAGGGUGUGAAAUGCAGAAAUGUUUUGACAGAACAUUUAAUAACAGUAGAGGGGGUAAAAGCGUUGACCAUGCAGGCCAGGGAAACAAGUUAGGUCUUCUGGCUCGCACAUUGGCAUUCGAAAUGACCUCUAGAAACUUUUCAAUAUUCUGUUGCCAGUGUGUAUAUA